AUGGCCUUGAACGACCCGCCGCCUCGUCACGCGACACCGGCACUGGCUGGCCGCCUGAGCGCGCUCGGGCUGGUGCUGUCGCUGCUGCUGCAGGGCUGUGGCCAGCAGAAGGGACUUUGUGAGAAAGGCGAUGCGACCUGUAAGGAGCUUCAGGCCUUGCAGCAGUCGCUGGGAAGCUGCAAUGAGUUGCAUCCGGACAGCCGCUUCGUGGGGAACCCGAAGAUCACCGACAUCAGCGGCACCUGUGCGGCGGUGGAGUUCCUCUAUGCCUCCCAGCAGAUGCCGGUGGUCUACCUGUACGGUCGGGUGGCGCGGGACGCCGACUUCACCGCGGAGUGGGGCGAAGGAUUACACCCCUUGGAGCUCGAGGGCGAGAGCCCGGAGAUGGCAGAGCUGAAAGGAAAGUUGCCACCGGAGCUCAAGGUGCGCCGCUACCGCACCUUGAUGCGGCACAUCCCCACGCACAAGGCCUUCGAGGUGAAGCUGGCCGACGAGGAGGAUGCAGCCUUUGAAGGUUCAGCCUUCAGCUGUUCCUCCGAGCCAGAGGUGACGCUGCCGAAGAAGCUGCACCCGGCGGCGCCCUACGAGGUGCAGCUGCACCGCACGGAUCCGCGCACGAACGUGAAGAACGAGGAGGGCUCCGUGUGCGUGGACCUGCAUUGGUCUCAUCCGUUUCCGCAGCUCAAGCUGGUGCCCGAGGACGCCUACUUCCGAGUCUGGAUGCAGUACGAGGGUGAACCCAAGAAGCAGUUCUGCGAGGACCAGCUGGGGGUGUGGAAGCGGCGCUGUGGCGUGCAGAUGCCCUCAGCCUCAGGGGCCUUCGGCCGGCAGAGCUUCACCACGAUCUGCGGCCUAUGGCCCUCGCGGCGGGUGACCUUCACAGUGGAGGCCUUCACCUGCGACGGCCGCGCCGCCGCCGACGUCAUCACCGCCACGCUGCCGCCCGACGCGCCGUCCUUCACGGCCUCGUUGAUCACGACGCCCGCGAACCAGGAGAGCUCAGCUGGCUUCUGGCCGAAGGUGCUCAUCGACUGGAUUCCUCAGCACGAUGAUUUGAUCCAGGGCCAUUCGCUCUACCUGUCGCUGAAGGGCAUUGGUGCCAUGAAGCUCAUCUGUUGGAUCUCCCGCCAGGAGCGCCGUGGGCAGAUGUCGUUGCCGAUCCAAAAGAAGAAUCACACGCACUCGAGGGACGCUGCGCUCUUGCACGACUAUCUCCAGAGGUAUCACGUGCACCAGGAGCAGGAGGUCUUGGUGGCCACUCGAUCAGUGGCCAACAUCAGCCGUCCCGGGCGGAACAAGGAGAAGGAUGAGUUCUUGGAAUCGCCGGUGUCUGCCUUUAGCUUGGGCGAUUGGCUCAUCAUGGAGAAGUACGUGAAGUGCCUCACCUCCUUCAACGCCCAGCAGCCGUCCUACGUCUCCUCCGCCGUGCAGCUGAGCUGGACCGAAGAGCAGUCCAUGUUGGGGAAAGGAAAGGUCACUUCAAUAGGUGAGGUCCUAACCCAGCCACCACAGCACGCACGCCUGCCUUUCUCGCGCCCGCGGGAGGCCACUCCUGCACGGGACGGCCACCGGAAGCGCGGCGACGAGGCGAACGAGGCGAACGGGGCGAAGGAGCGGGCCGCGGCCCGGUGGAAGGUGUUGAAGUGGAGACCGGGCGCGUCUCGGCUCCUUUUUUGGAUGGCCAGAGUUGAGACCGAGCGAAGAGACGCAGACGACAGCAGUUCAGAUUUUGCUACAGGCCUGCUGGUCCAGCCGCAGGCGUGGCGAGGCACCGCCCGAGCCCAUGGGGUCGAUUGCUUGGGCUUCUUGAACCCCCAGCUGGUGCGAACGCUAGCAGUACGCGAGGCGAUCCGCCCGCUCUUCCCCGAGUCCGACGUCUGCGGCUUCGUGAGUGGAGAGCUCGAAGGAAGCCGUGCCUUCCGGGUGGCCGUGCCGGACAUCGAGCUGGUGGUGUCGGUGAGCCCCGAGCUCUUGCGCCAGAAGUUGUUGGGAAAGCUGGAGAGAAAGUUGGACAAACAGCUCGAGAAGGCGGCGAUCCGCAGCAUCGCGGAGAUCCUGGUGACCUCCUGUGGCUUCAAGUUCCGGCGCAGCGCCUUCCGAGGCGAGGAGCCGAAGCUCACGCUGCUGGCGCCGGGCGGCGACGCUGAGGCCGUGCCCUUGGACUUGGCUGUGAACGCGGAGACGCCGCUCUACGCGGCCGCGCUGCUGAGUGAAUGCGCUCAAUGGGACCUUCGUGCCAAGCAGUUGAUUCUGCUGGUGAGGCGCUGGGCCAAGGAUCGUGGGAUUUGCCAUGCGGCCAAGGGCUACCUCUCACCCUACCACUGGAGCCUCUUGGUGAUUUACUUCCUCCAAGUGUGCCCUCGAGUGCUCCCGCCUUUGACCGCCUUCAUGACCUUUCAACAGCUCUCGUCCAAAGGGAGUGCUUCUUCCCCGGAUGACGCCCCGCGACCGGAGCCAAAUCCAGUCCACACCUCCAAGCUCUUCAAGGAUUUCAUGCACUUCUACCAAGACUUCGACUGGAGGAAUGAGAUGAUCAACCCCAUCAGCGGUUCGCCGGGCAAAUCGACCUUUGAGGAGACAUGGAAUUGCUUAAAGCAAGCAGGGAACGGGGUAGGCUUCGCGCGGACGCAGGAGGAGUUCGCCCGCGCGGGCGCCAUCUGCGCGGAGGGCGUGGCGGUCGGGCGGAUCUUCGAGCUGUGGGUGCCUCCCACAGGCGGUCGAUGGCCGCGCCGCGGCGGGCGGGCGCAAUCGGAAGCUGCGCGGAAAGGGUGCGGGAUUCUGAUCGAGCGGCGUCAGCGCUUUUGGAUUGCGGACCCCUUGAUCUACUGUAUCCAGGCGGUGGAGGGGGAUUUCUGCGACCUGCAGGAGGUGCUGCAAGCGGCCAAGGAGGAGUCCGAUGAAGUGGAGGAGAAGCCGGAGAAGGUCUCUUCGGCGCGCGGCGUCUUGUGGGUGGCCAACGUGUAUCCCACCAAAGCCUUCCGCUUCGACAUGCGCCACAUGUUGACGCGCCACAACCAUGAGACCCUCAUCCCACAGUUGUUGCCAGAUGGUGUGGAGGUGACACGCAUGGUGCCGCGGGAGAAGGAGGGUGGCGCCUUCGUGUACUUUCGAGCACCGCCCACCUUUGUGCUCCAGGCCCUGCGCAACCUCGCUGAAAGCAAUCCUGAGGCGGUGACGAAGAUGCGCUUCGUGCCCACGGACGACAUCUUGCUGAAGGUCUCGGAGGGCAUCUGCCAAUACUUCAGGACACAUGAUGUCCGCGCCUUCCUCUGCCCUCAUCCAGUGCGUGCGCACCGAGUGAAAGGAACGCCCUACUUAGAGGACUUUGCGAGCCGGUAUCCCUCCUCGCAGCUGCAGAUUCGCUUCGACCCCACGGGACAGGUCAAAGAGGAGCAGCUCUAUGAGAUUCUCAGGCGUUAUGGACAGCUGGAAGACCUCCAGGCCACGGAGCAGGGCUACUUGGCCUCCUUUCGCUACACCGCCGGCGCGGUGGCGGCGCGGAACUGCCUCCACCGGGCGCUGGUGGAGGCCAAGAACGCCGACGGACCGCGGUUCCAGAUCGACUACAAGCAGUUCAUGCAGAAGUGGAUUUGGGAGACGAUCACCUCCAACGCGCGGCUCAUCUUCCCGAUCUUCGUGGUGCUCAUGUUUGGCACGACGUACUUCAUCUGGGAUCCCAUGCGCAGCGCCUUCGUCCACCUGAAGAUCGCCUCGAUCUUCUCCUCGCCGCCGCCGUCGUCGAAGGCGUCGAACACGGCGGCGCCGUCGUCUGUGGCGAAUGGAUCUGCGGAGGUGUCCACAGGCUACCAGGGCCUCCAGGGCUUCCUGCUGCGUUUUGUCUCUGAAGCUCGCGCGAGCCUGCGGCCCAAGACCAGCGCCCGAGACCUCUUCAACGACUUCUGGGCCGAACGGCAGGCGGAGAUUGCUGAACUAAAGGACUGGGUGGAUCAGCCGCCUGAGCGGGUCUUGUUGCUCACGGGGCACCGGGGCAAUGGCCUGCACGAGAUGAUGAAGAAGCUCAUAGGAGGACGGACGCUUGAGAUCAACGUCCGAGACAUGCUCGAGGCGGGAGGCGCUGCGGAUGAUCAUCUGUUCCUCCGGGCUUUUAGCCGUGCUGUCGGCUAUUGGCCCGCACAAGGGAUGGAUCGCCAGCUGUCGGCGGUGCUGGACUUGAUGCUUCCGGGCUCAGGCAAACAGCUCAGUCGGGAGAACGAGCUUCUGGUGGCCGUGCAGCGGGUGCUUUUCGCAUCCACACAGGCGCUCCAAGCGUGGAAAGCGCGGAGCUCGGCGUCGUUGAAGUUCGACGCCACGCCGUUGAUCCUGAUCACGGGCUUCACCUCCGAGAACAAGGACCGUCGCCCGGGCUUCUUCGAAGCCCUGGUGAGCUGGGCCGCCUAUGUCACCGAAGCCAAAUUGGCUCGAGUGGUCUUCGUGGCGGACUCGUCCUUUGGAGAGCCUUCCAUCUUAGCACAUCUGAAGGAUCGGCCCGAACGACUUUCCGUGUUCGAGGUGCAGGACAUCCGCGCGAGCUCGGUGCGGCGGAUCUUGCAGCAUCACCUGGACGACACGGCCCUGUCGGAUCAGCAGCUGAAGGCCAUCGGCGGACGCUACAUGGACAUCUCAGCCAUGUUGGGUCACAUGCGCCAUGGGGUGGCGCCCAAUGAGGCCGUCCGCUGGCUGCUGGAAACGGCAGAGGUGACCGUAAGGCGCUUGCUGUUGACGGGGCAGCCCAAUGCCCGCUGGACACGGCCGCAGCUUUGGAGGGCCAUCCGGCUCUUAGAGUCCUCAGGGAAGGUGCCCUACGACGUGGUCCUCUGGGGCGUCUUCCGCGGCGACGAGGCGGCCUUGCGCUCCAUGAAGGAGUCCAACUUGAUCGCGGUGAACCCGCGGAAGUCCGAGAGCGAAUCGGCGCUCCGCUACGACGUGGAGGCCGGGAGUCCCUUGUACGCGGAGGUCUUCCGGCGCCUGGUGCAGAACGAAGGCUUGGGCGCCGUGCUGGACCUGGAAGUGGCGAAAGAGGACGUGGCACGAGAGCAGAAGACGGUGGACCUCUACGAGGCGGAGCUGGUGCGGCUGGAAGAGAUCCUCGACGCCCGAAGGGACUGGUGGUUCAGCUCCAGGCGUCUGGAUGCCCAGCUGGAAAGUCGAGUGGAGCAACUGGUGGACCUCAUCAUGGAGCAACACAAGAAGUUAGAGAAGUACCACAAAGCUCGGAGGAAGGCCAUGAACACCCUGGCGAAGCACGCCGAUAGCUUUCAGGAGGACGUGCGACGUGUGAAAGAGAAGGUCCUCGCUGGCUGA